GUUAAUUAACACAACGCGCGCAAAACUUGAAGCGUAGUGACUGGUAUCUAGAUAAGACUAUUUAGCGCAGUUCAUUUCUAAUGAAUGCUGAAAAUGUCUUCUGUGACAAAAUAUCGUUCAAAAUCUUUCCCGGACUUGUCUGCUUUGGGAGAUUAACCAGUGAUCAUCACGUGCUUGCGUUUGUUACUUCCUCAGAUAAAGUUUACAUUUAUAAUCCAAAAUUUUACCAUUCUUCUGAAGGUAUCACUAAAAUCUUAUCCCAAGAUUUUAUUAAAUGUAGUAAUAUUCAUUCAAUAUGUGCAAUUCAUACAGGCAAAUUUGAGCAUAUUUCAAAUCAAAAUGAUCUAUUAAUAAUUGGAUCGAAAUAUGGUAUUCUAAUCUAUGAUUCAAUAAAUAAUGUGGAUAUAUUUUGGAAAGAAUUAAAAAAUAAUGGUGUAAACACAAUUUUUUACAAACAUUUCGAUGAACAGUAUAAAUAUUAUAAAGAUACUGAUAUUAUAUUUAUUGGGGGUCAUUGUUCAUUGAUUGGAUUGAAUUAUUCAGCCAAAGAAUUAUUUUGGACUGUAACUAGUGAUAGAAUAUCUGCAAUAACUUGUUUAUCUUAUGAGAACGAUGAAGAAUAUCUCAAUGAUAUUGUUGUUGGCUCUGAAGAUUAUACAAUACGUAUAUUUCGUAAUGAAUUAAUUAUUCAUGAAAUAUCAGAAACAGAUGCAGUAAUAAAACUUAUUUCACUUGGUGAUGAGUAUUUUGGUUAUGGUUUGCGAAAUGGUACUAUCGGUGUAUAUAAUGGAGUGAAUCGUGUAUGGCGUAUUAAAUCAAAAAACAAACCUAUCUGCUUUGUCAGUCAUGAUAUAAAUUAUGAUGGAUAUCCAGAACUAAUUUGUGGGUGGAACAAUGGAAAAGUAGAUGCUCGUUUGCGUUCUAAUGGAGUAAUUGUAUUUAAAAUUCAACUAGAUGAUUGUGUCGCUGGUAUGACAGUGGGUGAUUACUAUGGUUUUACCAAUAUAUUGCUUAUUUGUACCACUGAAGGUGACAUACGCUGUUAUUCUGUAAGCCAUUCAAAGAAUUACUUGAAUUCAGAAUCAUCUGAAGAUACUUUACGUCAUUUAAUCACUAAAAGACAAAAUUUACUAUUGGAGAUUCAAAGUAUUGAUCAAAAUAGCAAUUUAUCCCAAUGGAGUAAAACUGAAAUUCGUCAAGGAAACCUUAAUAUCAUUAAAGCUAAUACAGAAUUACAGACUAAACUGGAAAUUUCUCCUGAUAAACCAUGUGUUAAUCUGACAAUUCAAACAAAUGAUGGUACACUUUUAAGAUGUGUUGUAUUAUUUGCUGAAGGUAUUUUCAAAGACGAAAGUCAUGUUUUACAUCCUCCAGAGAACGUUUCUUAUACUUCCACAUUUUCAAUCGAAUUAUAUCCAACAAGAGAUAUAGCAACUGAUGUAUUCAUCAAAGCAUAUGCAAUACCGAUAAACAAAUGUUCAGACCAAAACUCCUACUACUUGUUGGCUAGCACGCAACUGUUGCCGCAGUUUUGCCUCUAUCGAUUACUCAGUCAAAGUCCCAAAUUAGACUUUCAUGCUGAUUUAGAUAGUUUGCGAUCAGGAGUCUUCUUUAUAGUGCAUGAACGACCUCAAAGGCUUGCUAUUUGGUUAAAUCAAAAUUUUAUUCUGGGAUCAGAAAUUAUAGUCAAUGAACAAUCUUCAUUAUUUGUUGUUUUUGAAGAAUUACGCUCAGCUAAUAGAUGGAUUUCAGCAAUAAAUAAAAAUUUGAAUGAAAUAUUAAAUAAUUUCAUUGUUCAGCAACAGAAUUCAAAACGUUUAUUAUACAUAACUAUGACAAAUAAAGGUGAAAUUACAAUAAAAACUGAAAAUUUAGAAUUAGCUGCAAACUUAGUUCAAUCAAUCAGUCGACAUUUCAAUAUAACAGAACUUUCAAGCACAUGUGAUUUUCCAGAACUAUUUAAUACAUUAGAAGAACUAAUUGAAAUGUCUAAUGCUUAUUCUUUAACUCAACAACAAAUUUUGAUGGAUAUGACAAUUAAAUCAGAUGAUAUCAAAAGAUUAGUUGUCAAAGCAGAAGAUUAUCGAUUAGCCGGCAAUUGGAAAUCUUUGAAAAAAACAAUCCAGUUAUUGUCAAUCGCAAAUCAUGACCUUAUGUCGAAUUAUUAUUCACGGACUACUAAUUAUGAAGUUUCAAUGGAUUGCUUGAAAUAUAUUAACCAAAUCACUGAACAUGUUAGUUCAUUAAGAGUUGGAAAGUUUAAGACAAAUGUAAUAACCAUGUGUCAUAACGCAUUGAAAGAAAACAAUAUUGGAGCAUUGAAGAAAAUUUUUCGAACUGGUUCGAACUAAAAUUUUAAUUCUUCAUUUACAUGUGUAUAGUGUGAAUCGUUCGUUUAAAUAAUAAAGUUCAUUGUCUUCUG